CAAAUGGGAUUCAUCCCAGUUCCCCGCUUCCAAGACAACAAGCCAACAUCGGGUAAAAAAAGAGGCGACUGGGCGAGGUUCAUGUUUGCUGAGUGAGGCAUCUCUUGCGAAGUCACUUCUUCUUCUUCUUCUGCUUCUUCUUCAAGUCACUUACCUUCCGCGUACCUAACGAGAGCGACACAAGAAAAAUAAAAGGGGCAGAUCAAUUUCCCAGUUUGAUGGGUUUGUGAUCGAAAAGCUACACUACACUACACUACACUACAUAGAUCGAUUCGCCGCCUGGAAGAUGAUGCACCCCGGGAUUUUUUUCUUUAUGAAAGUCUUGGGACCGAACGAUGUUACUCCUCGCAUUGCAUGCGAGAUGGGUUGGGUUGAGGAUGUAAAAAGCAGGUCCACCAAUCCGGAACCACCGUGAAAGUGUACAUACGUACGCACGCUCGGUACGUUAUGCUAAAAAAAGGGUGAAUGGAUGGAUGGAUGGAUGGAUAGCUUCAAAGUGAGCUCAUCGCCCUCACAUCCCAUCGCCAACCAUGAAGUCCCUUCUCCUCCCGCUUCUCUCCCUCCUCUCCCUCUCCUCCUCCGCCCUCGCCGCCACCCGCAUCUCCCCUCCUUCCACCGCCUGUCUCCGCGUCGGCGCCGGCCAACCGUACUCGAACAUCCAAUCCGCCGUCAACGCCCUCUCCACCACGGCUUCCGGGUCUCAGUGCAUCUUCAUUUACCCCGGCACCUACUGGGAACAGGUCCUGAUCCCGGCUCGCUCCGCCCAGCUCUCCAUCUACGGAUACACUGCCAACAGCCAAGGCUAUGCUUCCAACACCGUCACCAUCAUCGCCAACAAGUCCCAGGCCGAUGGCCUAAGCAACGACCAGACGGCUACUGUGCGCGUCAAGAGCAGCAACACUCGCUUGUAUAACCUCAACAUUGAGAAUGCCCACGGCCAGGGCAGCCAAGCCGUGGCGCUGAGCGUGGCCGCCAACGGCGUGGGCGUGUACGGAUGCCAGUUGAAGGGAUUCCAGGAUACGCUGCUGGCGGAGGACGGAGCGCAGCUGUAUGCCCGGACGUUGAUUCAGGGAGCCACGGACUUCAUCUUUGGACAGCGCGCACCGGCGUGGUUUGAGAAGUGCGAUAUCAAGGUCAUGGCUGCUAAUCUUGGGUAUAUCACCGCCUUGGGUCGUGAUUCAUCCAGCAACCCAGCCAACUACGUCUUCAACAGCUGCUCCAUCGCCGCCGCUGCCGGUAACAAUGUGCCUUCGGGAGCCUACUACCUCGGUCGUCCUUGGCGCCAAUUCGCUCGCGUCACCUUCCAGAAGACCAGCAUGACCAACGUGAUCAACCCUGCUGGUUGGUCGAUCUGGCAGAACGGCGAUGCGAGGACCAGCAACGUUGAGUUUGGCGAGUACGCUAAUACCGGUGCGGGUGCGAGCGGAGUCAGGGCGUGGUUUGGUAAGCUGUUGGGUUCCCCCGUCAAGAUUGAGUCGGUGCUGGGGAGUCGUUACUCUCGUCAGGGCUACUAUGAUGCUAGCUAUAUGUAAGUUAGGAGGGAUCUCGAUGGGUAGGGAAGGGGAGGAAAGGAAGGCAGUAAAUGGGAGGUGGGUUAAUGGAAGGAUUUGAAUUCGAAUAGACAAUUGUCAAACCGGACCGCAACGACGGAUCAGGAUUUAAAAUAACAUAAAUAAAGGUUUUGUCCCCAG